GCGCUCUCGGAGGGCUGCUUCGGUUCACUCUGAUUUGUCUUCUGUCGCUUCCAGUGACGGGCGUGCUCAUCACGGCCCUCGUGGCCAACGUCUGCCGCUUCGGCAAGGGCGUGCUCCAGAUGAUGCACCACCAGAGUUAUAUGAUGUGUGCACCCCACCUGCAGGAUCGGCCAGCCUUCGAGCCCAACCAGGUGAGAAAGGAGUUCACGUGCCAGGCAUGGGCGACACCAACAUGCUGGACGGCUGGGACGGCAACACUCAAGGCGUGGCGACAUUUCCUUCUCAGGAACGUCGUGAUGGUGCCUUCGCUGCGGGAGAAGAAGAGCUCACUGCAUGAGUUCAAGGACCAGGCACUCAAGGAGUUCGCGGCCAAGGCCAUGGCCACCCUCAACGAGACCCUCCCGUGCGCGAUGGUCAAGGCCACGGGCCCGCUCCUCAACCAGUAUGAGGAAAAGUUCAAUCAGCAUAUUCGGCUUCUACGUCGGGACCUGGACUUGCAACCCCAGCGCGUCAGCACGGUUGAGACCAAGUUCGCGGCAAUGGAAAAGAGGCUCGCCCACUUGGAGCGCGAGCUCGACCUUGCGAAAACCAAGCCCCGCAACAUCCCGAUCGCCUCUGCCGACUGGGACCGCGAGGUCGACCCGACGAUUAUGCACGUCCGCGCUCCUGAACCUGUCCCUCGUAAGAGCGUCGAAGGAGCCAUCAAGCAGUGGCCCCAAGCGGCCAGCAUCACCCUCGGCGAGGACGUGCUGCUACAAGGCGAUGAGUUCGCGAAGCAGUUCAUGCUCGUCUUCCAAUGCCCACACCCUGCCACGCGUGAGAACAGACGCAAGCAGGCUCAGGCUGCCUUUCGCCAUGCAUCUGGGCAGAGGAGGUCCUUUCACAUUCAGCUCGUCACGAAGAAUAUCCCCCUGCACGUCUCUGCCGACAAGAACCGCAAAGAGAUUGCUACGGAGAUGGCAUGCAAGAAUUUGCGGCGUGCCAUCUCAGAUGAGUUCGGAGUCGCGACUUUCAUCGACCGCGAAGGAUCUCCCAAGCCGAUACCUUGGUGGCUGUUCAUGAUGUUCAUGGAGACGACGCUGCUGUGCGUGAGGCUCUUCAGCGCGCUGCCAUUACUCACUUACCGCUCGCGUCGCACAUUGGGGUGCAGCGUGCGGGGGGAGUUCUCGCACUCGUACCUAAGGUGCGGGCUCAACUUCCUGCUGCCGGCGCCAUGCCAGACCACGUGCCUCCACUUCCUCUUCGACCUCUUCCACGACUUCGCCUCGUUCCUCCAGCCCGUCUACAUCGUGCUCGCCUCGUCCUCCGAGGAGCUGCCCCGCGAGGGCUUCCUCCCCGACUUCGCUGCACCUCCGGCCCGCUCGGAGGCCACCUGCCCGGGGCGCGGCGGGCUGAGCUCGGCCUGUGGCUGCGUCCUCGCCGGCGCGGGCGCGCCC